UUGUGCUUUUUGCCUCUUACGUCUUUUCGAGGAGGCCUCGGGGUCUUUUCAUUGUCUCCAAACGCGCGCACAGAGAGAGAGAGAGAGAGAGAGAGAGGUUACGGAAAAUUUUUUUUGAUGGAAAGAAAGUUUAUGGAAAUGGCGGAGGUGGAUUGGAAUAAUCAAAGGAGUAAAAGGAUGAUAGAAGAACAGGCAAAGGAGGAGUUGGAAAUACUAGAAAGCCAACAUCCCAACCGUUUUGAGUACCUGAAGCUUGAGCUCAAGUCCUUCAUCUUUCACAUUCAAUCCCAGAGCCAACUUCCACUUCCUGAGAACUACAGCUCCAGCUCCUUUCCCACCUCUUCUAUUGCUACCACUCAAGAAUCAACCAGUAAUAGGAAGAGGAAGGUAGGUGAUUGUCUUUGUGUAUUAAUGGAGGAUGGAAAUGAAUCACCCAAGAAGAAAUUGCAAAUGGGUACUACUAACAUUAUGGGAAACAUGAAGGGGAUCACUACUAAUAGGAAGACCAAGAAGAAGGAAAGGGUCGAUGAGGUUCUUGAGAGGGCUCAAGCAUGUCUCCAAAAAAUUCAGCACUUAAAAGCCUCUUUAUUAUUCUGCUGCUGAUGCCUUGUUUGUAUAUUAUGCUAAAAGAGCAAAUGUUUUGUACUUUGUAAUGAGAUGCAGAGUCUACUUUAACCAGAUAAGUGUUUUGGUUUUUGGCAGGGUGAAUCUAUGUACAUUCACAGAUUCACUACAUUGUGCUUGUUUUCUACUUUACUUUUGAUUGCUUUCUGAAAUUUUUUUGGGGAAAAUAAAAAUUGUCGAAAAAGUU